GAGACUUGUGAGUCUAGGGUCAGUGGGCGAAUAGACGCCAUCGAUAACAGUUAUCGCCUCUUAAGACCCAUCAAGGUGCCUUCUCUACGUGUCCCGUGAGACCGCCAUCAGCGCGCAUUUCCCGACGCCUGCUUUUUAUGGGUGAACGGUUCCGCCAGAAUCCCGCCUCAUGACCAUAUUUGGAAUACCCGCCCAGUACCAUCAAAGAUUCGGCGUCUAUUCUGAGGUUCUUGUUCGAUCUCACCAUAUCCAACGAUGUUCGCUGUCCCGCCCAUAUCACUCGUGUACGGCGCUCUCCCAAUUAGUCCCCGAACCACGAUGGGCGCGAGAAGUCUACAAGUAACUUCCCGAUGUUCCCUGGCGGGCUAUAAAAGACACGCAGCAUGACAGUCGAGUCACCCAGCGUACUGCGCAUCUCCAAGUCUAAUAACGCCCGCCUUUGCCCAAUAUCUCUGACUCGAAUCUCCCUGACUCUCUCUGACUCCAAUCUAACACGAUGAACUACCGGAUUGGCUCCCCUGCCUCUUCAUCGAACCACAGGUCCUGGGCUGUGCACAGCGCACAAUCUAGCUCCAAUAUCCAGGCCAUCCAAGGCCAUUGGUCUGCGCUCCCGGCAUCGUCCCCGUUGCCGAUCCCAAACACACCGCUUCUUCACUCAGUAUCGCUCCCACACCCUAAUGCAGCUUCGCACCAAUCGCCUAUGUCUUACCAACACUCUUCCACAUCCCACUCUUCAUUCAUAGUCUUGCACUCACUCUUGAGUUAUGGUCCCAAUUUGAGAUUUAACAUCACACGAGACCUAGCACAUGUGCAACUGCGACCAGGCUGUCCGCCUACCAUGCUUCAGGAGUUUGCGGUGCAACCGCUAGUCUCUCAUAUGAUUAUUACUGUUCCUGAGCUUCCUGCUUGGACAAUAGAGGUGGUGAACCCUCGGGGCGUCACUGUGAAUGACGUCCUUGCCAAGAUACGUGAAACGCUCAACCGGAGUGUUGCGCCGCACGAGAUGCAAAGAUCUUCUCGCGCAGUCAAUGCUGCUAUUGAUUCUUUCAGGGCCAGGUCCCGCGCAGACUCGCGCGAACAUGCGCAGGGCGUGAAACGCGUUGACUUUUUGGGCCCAAAAUUUUUCUUUGCUGGCCUUGCCAGAGCUCGAGAUGGCUCAGACAGCUGGGAAAUUCACUUCUCCCAGAGUGUUUGAUCCUCGCCGUGCGCGGGUCGUCUUGGCUGUUCCUUAUCUUUCGACACAUUGCACCUGGGUAUCUCCAGCCAGUUCCAAUGGGCUUUAGUCGGAUCUCAUCACUCAACACUGCCGGCUCUAACUUUACUUGGUAUCUUGCCGUCACCGUUUACUUCGCAUCUAUAUUCGACAGCCCCUAAUUUGUUUUUAUCGCUAUCUUGCUAUAUCGCUAUUCGCAAAGUUUUUUUUUUGGAUUCAUGUACCGGAAUAGUUUGGAUAGAUUACACUCAUAUACCAGG